AAUGUUAACGAAACAUACGUCCAUUAUAUGUCCCCGCUUCUGAAUGGAACUGCCACAUCACUGUGUAUUGGGCACGUGUGGGGAAAUUGUGUUGUGUGCGUUAAUGUCUUAGCUGUAAAUGAUGAGACGUUCAACACUUAACAUCCUCAAGGUUUCCGCCGUGUUGAUUUUAGUCGUUUAUACAAUAAGGAUUUUGAUGCAGAUCAUUCUUCAAUACAAAGAAAAUUCAUCAAAUCCACAAGGUGACAUCGUUGAAAGCGUCAGGAAAUAUGUUGAAAGGGACGAAAGCCACAUACAAGGUGAUUUUAAAAAGAGUUUUCAGAAUGGCGAAGGCUUAGAACAAGCAAACAAAUAUGACGAUGGUUAUAAGAAAGUAGCAGACGCGAUGAGAAAACGCAAGAAGGAUGUGCUCCCGGGCAAGGCGGUGAAGCAACAUGGCCAACACACACAGAACACGUACAGUGUGGAGUAUUACGUGGAGGAGUACGGAGGAGAGGACAGUAAUGUGACAUAUCCGCCAUUUGUGGAGUACAGUCCGGAAGAUGGUCCAGGGGAAUGGGGAGCUGCGUACAUCUACAAGCACACGAAGCAGGAGGAGGGGGAAUACAGAGAGGGAAAGAAGAGAAAUGGCUUCAAUCAACUGGUGAGCGACCGGAUCUCUGUGCAUCGGCGUCUGCCAGACACAAGGCUUGAGGAAUGCAAGUCACGUGUAUACCCGACAGAUCUCCCUACAGCUAGUAUCAUCAUCUGUUUCCAUAACGAGGCUUGGUCCACUCUCCUCAGAUCCGUCCACAGUGUCCUUGACCGCUCCCCUGAACAUCUCAUAAGGGAGAUAAUUCUCGUUGAUGAUGCCUCCACACAAGACCACCUGAAGGCACCGUUGAAAAAGUACAUGUCGAAGCUGGGCAAGGUGAAGAUUGUCAGACACCGGAAACAUCAAGGUCUAAUCAGAGCGAGGCUGACCGGAUAUGAAGUGGCUGCUGGUCCGACACUGGUGUUCCUUGACUCCCAUAUCGAGUGUUUUCCAGGUUGGCUAGAACCACUGCUAGAUCGUAUUCGACAGAAUCCCAAGAACGUGCCUUUUCCUAUGGUGGACAAUAUUGGUUAUGAAGUGUUUGAUAAUAAAAUCAUCAACACAACCGAGCGCUUAGGAGAGUUUUCAUGGAAGCGAUUCAUCUUUAAAUGGGGGUAUGUCCAGGGCGCGAGGAGGAGUCAGCUGAAGACACCGACUGAUCCUAUCAGAUCCCCUACAAUGCCCGGUGGGUUGUUUGCUAUAAAUAAACAAUGGUUCACAACUCUUGGAACGUAUGACCCUGGACUGGUUUUCUGGGGCAGUGAGAACAUGGAACUGUCUUUUAAAAUAUGGAUGUGUAAUGGGACCCUGGAAACACUUCCUUGUUCUCACGUGGGUCACGUGUAUCGCUGGGUGAAUCCUGUGAAAUGGAAGCCUGGUGGUCUCCCUGUUUUCACAAACGCCAUGCGGGUGGCAGAAGUCUGGCUUGAUGAUUACAAGCAUCUGUUUUAUGAGGGGAAUGUCGUGCCACAGGGUAGAGACUAUGGUGAUGUUACCGACCGGAAGAAAUUACGGGAAAGUCUUAAUUGUCACGACUUUCAGUGGUAUAUAGAACAUAUAUACCCAGAGUGUCCUAUCGUCAAGGUCUUGAAUGCAGGAGAGAUUCGAAGCGUUUCCCACCAAACUUUGUGUGUGAGUGCGAAGAGCAGAGACGGAACAAACUUCCAUCCUUGUCAUGGCAACGGACGGGAUCAGUAUUGGAAGUUAUACCCUAGUGGUGUGUUAGAAGGCGCUGUGAGCCAAAGACUGUGUGUGAGGGGAGGGAAGAUCACUAAUUACCGUUGCAACAUGGAUGACCUGCUCUUCUGGACCUUCACGGAGGACGGGUGCCUUCACUUGAAAAACUCAGACAAAUGUUUGACAGCUGGUGAAAAUUCAACAGUUUGGGUGAAAACGUGCGACGGGACUGCGAAACAAAGAUGGAUAUUUGAGAAAUCAAAGUUUCAGCUUCAUAAAACAUAAAACUGUUUGAAAUGUACAAUGUAUGUAUGAUAUUGUUUGUGAGUUGGAUGGUUGUGUGACAUAUUGUUUGAUAAUGAGAAAGUAAACUCAAAUUUGUAACGAUCUGCAAGAACAGCAAACAAGCCGAUAUGACUUCACAUCUGUGUCAGUUUGUCGUCUAACAGGAAUUCGUUUAAAUUAUUUUCUGACAUAAGAAUAUAUUUCAUCGGAAGUUUACAUCUACAUUGUACUUUGUGUAAAAAAUAAAAUGUCAAGACCUAAGAUUUGCUCUUCUUUGGA